UGGCAAUUAUAACAAUAACAAAAGAACCUCGUCUAAAUUGGAAUUCUGGAAACAAUGUCCAAAGCAAAAUCAGGUGUUGUUUGGGAGGAUCGCGAAGUACUUUUCGAUCUGCCGUUCGCGUAUCUAAAACUUCGACCGGGCGAGAAGAUAUUCGACAGGAUCGAACCGAUCGAGGAUACGAAAGGCAACAGUGGCACCAAGGGUCGCAUGGUGGUUACUAAUCUGAGGAUUAUCUGGCAUUCCUUAGCAUCACCACGGAUCAAUCUUUCUAUAGGUCUAAAUUGCGUCACGAUGACCAACACUAGGAUAGUGAACUCCGGUCUUCGUGGCACCACGCAGGCGCUGUACCUGCUCGCCUCCUACAGAACCAGCAGAUAUGAGUUUAUCUUCACUAAUCUGUCCCCUAACUGCAUCAGGCAUUAUACAUCGGUCUCAGGAGUUCAUAAGGCGUAUGUGGGCUCCAGGCUAUACAGAGACCUCAAACUGAGAGGCUCGGUCAUACAUAACAAGCAAAUACGCAUGCUACCACUUGAAAAGAUCUGUCUCCAAGAAAAUGGUAUUUGGAAUCUAUCAAGCGACUCAGGGAAUCUCGGUACUAUGAUAGUAACAAACGUUAGGGUUGUCUGGUAUGCGGAUAUAAACGAAGCCUUCAACGUCUCUAUGCCUUACAUUACUAUUGAAAGUAUUACCAUCCGUGAAUCUAAGUUCGGCGAAGCACUUGUGUUUGUUAUACGGCAGUCGUCAGGUGGCUACGUCCUGGGAUUCCGAGCCGACCCCCGCGAGAGACUUCGCCCCCUACUGACGGAGCUCCAAGCAUUACACCGAGCCUAUAAUGACAAGCCCAUCUUUGGAGUUGAAAUAAAUUGGGACAAUGAGACCCCAACAUCACCUGCAGAUGACAUAGAAGAUUUACAAGAAAUAGGAGAACCCCGCGGGGAGAUGGGACCAAAUUUAUAUCUCGCAUCGCAGCUAGCUCAAAACAAACCAGAUUCAGAAAUAAAACCUGUUUAUAGUCCAUAUUUGGGACUGGAUAUAGAACCUUUGAAAGAGGGUUUCACUCUUAAAAGUUUGUUUGAAGUUCAAACAUCUUCAUAAUCAUCAAAGAUUAAAUAAACUUCUAACUUGU